UAUAUAUCGGUCUCAUCUACCGUUUUCAGCACAUGUAAAAAUAGUAUAAUGUGCUCACAGAUGACACCUGAUGCAAUUUAGUUUAGGGAACAGACUGUUGCUGUAACGUUAUGUAGGUUAUGUGGGUUUAAGGUUCUUAAAUUCUAGUACUUUUCCGUUCGAACUGAUGAACGCAAUCAUUAAUUACCAACGACUUGGACGCAAACGAUUGAAGAUAUGUUAGCUGUGAAGUUUAUACUUUUGUAAUAUGUGUAAUGUUUCUAGGAUAUACUCAAUAUCAACAUUCUUAUCACUUUAAGAACAGAUUAAUAGAAAAUGAAAACAGUAAAAGGAGAGGUACUGUUAUUCAGAGCACCCACGGAUGACAUUGACGGGGAUUAUGAUCCCUACAGAACGAAGUUAGAAGAAGCGGGAUUACGUACCAAAAAUGUUACUGUAUUAGAUUUCGAAUACUGUAACUUACACGUGUUGGAACAAAAAAUUAAAAAUCCUAGUCUGUUUUCAGGGCUUGUGUUCACAAGUCCACGAGCCGUCAGAGCAGUUGCAUGCAUCAAGGAUGCAAAAAGCUUGCUUGGAGGGUGGCAGAACCACCCAGUUUUUGUUGUUGGAGAGGGAACUUCAAAUGUCCUAAAGAAAUUGCUGCACUUGAAUGGGAAAGGAAGCACCACAGGAAAUGCAAGUGCUUUAGCUGAUGAAAUUUUCCAAAGUAAAUAUGAGCAUCCUUUAUUGUUUCCGUGUGGAAAUCUGAAAAGGGAUGAACUCUCAACUAAGUUAUCUAGCAAACAUAUCAGAGUCAUUGCAGUUACAGUGUAUCAGACACAUGUUCAUCCACAGUUAGAGCAAAGGUUGGAUGAAAUUGUAUUGCAGAAUUCUGGUUUUCCGGAGACAGUGGUAUACUUCAGUCCAUCGGGAAUGAAAUAUACAAUUCCUAUCCUUGAGAAAAUGCAAGUACCUUUACACCAGUUGAAGUUGGUUGCCAUUGGGCCCACAACAGCAGAAGCAGCUCUUUCUGAAUAUAAAUUGAAAGUGUGGUCAGUAGCUUCAAAACCAACACCAGAACAUCUCUUAGAAGCUGUUCUAAAAUUAUAAUACCUAUAAUUUUAGAAUGAUUUUGGUCUUUAAUAAAUAUUACUUAUCAUCACGAUAAAAAUAUGGCAGUACAGUUAUAGUAAACGUAAGUAAAAAUAUAAAAAAUUAAUAACAGACUCUUACAAUGUGAGAGAAAAUUCUUAAUAAGCCUUCACAUAACAAAUUUAUUAUUAGAGUAUCUGUAGAAUAGAAUAUUGUUGCAAUGCAAGAUGUCAGGAUACAAAUUAAUGAUUUUGAGUAUAAAAUGUGUUGGAAUGGUGGUAUGGGGCCUGUCAUUAUGAAUGAUAUUUGUGAUUUCUCUCUGUUACAAAUAACAUGUAUUUUACAGUAUCUGUGUGAAUAAAAUAUCUCUGCUAUUAAUUAA